AUGCUUGAAUUAACAACAUUAAUGAUUUUUACUUGGCUAACACUGCGUGUUCGUUAUUUUCAUAGUUAUUUCCAAAAUUUUGUUUUGUUUGAUAUUGAUAUUAAUAAUAACGUUAUUGUUCGUUGGUUAUGUUCAUUUGUAAUGACAAACGAUCCAACAACAAAUCAAAAAUCUACUCAACAACAAACAACAACAUUAACAAUGGAUGAUAUAGUUAAUAUCAAACAAUCGAAAACGAGUUUAUGUUUAUCAUCAAAUUUUUUACUACCAAAAAAUCUUAUGCAAUUUAUUGAAGAUAUACCAUUGGAUUCAUCAGAUAAACCACAUCCACGUUCAGGUCAUCGAGCUAUUGCUACUGAAUCAGAUUUAUGGAUAUGGGGCGGUUAUUAUCCAGCAAAUGAUAAUCAACCAGAACGCAUGUUUCAAGAACUUUGGCGUUAUAACUUUGCUCUUCGUCGAUGGACACUUGAAAAAACAACAGGUGAUGGACCUACGCUUACUCUUGCAUCUCAUUCAAUGUGUCUCUUUCGAAAUUUACUUCUUGUUUUUGGUGGUACAGGAUUUCCAUUUGGUCAACAUGUUUCAAAUGAUUUAUUUGUACUUGAUUUAAAACGACUUCAUUGGAAACGAUGUCGAAUACUUGAUCAACAACCAGAACCAGUUUAUGGAGCAAGUAUGAUUGUAAAUGAUGAUCAUCUAUAUAUCUUAUGUGGUACAAAUAGUUGGUCUUAUAAUUCAGAUGUAUAUGAUAUUCAUUUACCUACAUUAACAUGUAAACAUAUAGGUCAUACAUUUGAUGAAAUUGAAGAUCCAAGUGAAACAGGAAGAUAUCGACAAGAAGCAUAUUUGUAUAAGAAUAAAAUAUUUUUAUUCGGUGGUGGUGGAGUUUCGGGUAUAUCAUUUUCAUUUGAAUAUUUACCUGUAUUUGAUCUUACUACUCAAAGUUGGUCAUUUGUUCAUGCAAAUCCAGAUCCAAUACAUAAUUUUCCUACGAGUCGAAAAUUUCAUUCAAUAUUUCCAUUUCAUAAUAAUCAAAUAAUAAUGUUUGGUGGUGCUCAUUUUCAUCAUUUACUAAAUCGUCAUAUUUGUGUUAAUAAUCGUUUAUGGACAUUUGAUUUCGAAAAAUUAGAAUGGUCUAUAUUACCUUCAUUAACUAUGCUACAAUCAACAUAUUUUCAUGCUGCCUCUAUGAAUGAACGUGGUGAAAUUUGGACUCAUGGUGGUGUUGUAAAUGAAUCACGAUCAACUAAUGAUAAUAGAAAUCAUAGUGAAAAGCGUAUAACAACGUUGUAUACAAUGCAUACUCGAGUACUUAAUUUGAGUGAAUUAACUUGGAAUUAUUUUUUAAAUUCUCUAUCGGAUCGAACUUGUCUUAUUAAGCAACCUGAACUUUUGGUUCAACUUCAUAUACCACCAAGAUUUACUGAACGUAUUCAUUAA